UGUGCGCAUCGGUGACGUGAUCAACACGUAUUUCACUCACGGGGACAACAAUGUUAUGGGCGUGGCCACGGUGACGUCAUCUGGGCACUGACACGUACAGCAGGAAGAAGAACGGCUGCCAAACAGUUGAUAGCUCGUAGCAGAGUAAGUUAAAGUUCAAGAAUCUCUUCGGUUCUUUAAAGCACCGAUUACAUCAUGAACGUGUUUGAUCGCAACAUCAACUUUGACUCCCUCUUCAAGUUCUCCCAAAUAUCUCAUUCCACCCAGGUGCACUUGAAGAAUGUGUACUCCAGCCUGGCACUUUGUAUGUUUGUGGCGGCAGCGGGCUCCUAUGUCCAUGUCGUCACACGCCUCUUCCAGGGAGGUGUGCUGUCUGUACUCGGCUCCUUGGGAAUGAUGUUUUGGCUUGCCAUGACGCCACACAACUCUGAAACAGAGAAGAAGAGACUGGCCAUCCUCGCGGGAUUUGCCUUCCUAACAGGUGUCGGCCUCGGCCCCACACUGGACUUUGUCAUCGCUGUCAAUCCGAGCAUCAUCCUGACUGCUUUCAUGGGAACGUCUGUGAUUUUCAUUUGCUUCACUCUCAGCGCUCUCUAUGCCAAACGCAGGAGCUACCUGUUCCUCGGAGGCACUCUGAUGUCCGGCCUUUCCCUCCUGUUCCUGAUGUCUGUGAUGAACAUGUUCUUUGGAUCUGUGAUGCUGUUUAAGGCACACAUGUACCUCGGGCUGCUCAUCAUGUGCGGCUUUGUGCUGUUUGACACUCAGCUCAUUAUUGAGAAAGCGGAGAAUGGAGACAAGGACUACAUCUGGCACUGCGUUGACUUGUUCCUGGAUUUCAUCACCAUCUUCAGAAAACUUAUGGUCAUCCUCGCAAUGAACGAUAAGCUUUUGAUUUUGCCUCCUUUUCAGGAGAAGAAGAAGGAAAAGAAGUGAAGAACAUUUGCAAAAUAAAAAAACAAUUUGUCAACAGAGGCACAAUUUGCAAUGCAUUUGGUGCUUUUCACUUUCUGUCUUCAUUUAUUGAAUUAACUCCUGUGGUCUUAUAUUAUUGAAAUUUCUUUGAUUUUAUCUUCUGAACUUUCAACAACAGUUGAAUGUAGGUUUAUGCUAAACUAAUGCUGUUCCCCGCCAUGGCUGUGAAUGGAGAAUUAGACUAAUGCUGCAGUGAGCAUGCUUGGCCUGUAGAGGGGAGUGUUGUCCCAUGAACACUCCCAGAAGCUGAGCAGCACUUAAUGAAGAUACUCAUUAUUUAGUGCCAUAAAGGAAUGACAUGAUCGGCUCCUUUUUAGUGAGUCAUGUCGGCUUCUGAGGCUAAUUGUUUUAUUCCAUCUCGUUGAUUUGCUUACUCUGUAGUUUCCCUCCAUUCUCUUAGUGGAGUGUCAUGAUUUUGACAAUAGAUUAUUCCCCUUUUUAAAAGUAUUUUCCGGUCAUUGCUUUUUGUUCCGACAACUCUUCUUUUGAGACCAACAUUUUGUGUUAGAAUGGUGACGCCCGGUAACACUCACAAACCCUAAAAGCCUGUCUGAGUAGUUGUGAUUCAGACGGACCUUUGGGAUCGUGUGUGUCGGGAGCUGGAGGAGGAAGACGAGUCUGUGCCAUCUGUCUUUACAUCUGUCAGCAGGCGAGUGAUUCUGACCUCUCCCAGUGUAAAUUUCUCUAAAUAUGUUGUCUAGAAGUAGUUAGCCAUGUGAUGUUAAACCUUAACGAUUUUUUGACAAUGUAUACUGUGAAGAAUUUAUUUUAUGGAUGUAAAAUUUAAACUAAUUUGAUACAUUUGCUCAAAUAAAUGUGUUGAACGUA